UCAGGAAAGAAUUUUCAUGAUCAAGGAAGAACAAGUGGGCGUCUGAAGGAAAAAACACCAGUUUCUCAUGAAUCCAGGACACGAAACAGAAAGCUGGACCAACAUGAAUUGAAGCUGAACCAGCAAAACCCAAAACUACCUGUUACAAUACACAAUCGUCUGGAGUCGGAGCCUUCUGGCCGGCGAUCGGCGACACAUUGGACCCCACAGGUAGUCGCCCUCGCAAACUGCCGACAUGGAGUCGUCUGGCGCAGGAACUCCGCAACAACAACACACCCGCCUCGCCUGCCAAGCCUGUCAACGAAGGAAGAUCAAAUGCGAUCGACUUUCACCUUGCUGCGGCCAGUGUCAGAGAUCAAACCUAUCAUGUACGCAAAGUACUCGUAAAGCGCGGACUCGACAUGUGAAAAGGGCAGGCGACUCUGAACUUCGUAACCGAAUCGCCAAGCUGGAGUCUCUGGUUGAGAGCCUGAGCGGAGAUGCUGGUCUACCACAAGAUGAGGCCACUCGUCGCGAGGACGAGGAGGCUGAGACUUCGGUCAACACUGCAAGCAUUGUCCCGUCGGCUUUGGGAAAGUACAUAGGGAGCGACUUCUGGCAAUCCCUCACUGGCGAACCCAGUCCUCAAAUGGCUCGUGAGCUUCACGAGAUUUAUCAUCGAAAUGUGGACACUGUCUUCAAAGCCACCCACCGACCAACUAUCAAGGCCUUCCUCGAAGGCGGCUCUUACCUGGGUCUUCCACAUGAGGCGCCAGCCAAUAGAGUACUUCAAGCCGCCAUCUGGUUCGCCGCGGUGUCAGCAAUACAAGACCAAGAAUGUGUGGCUCGAUUCGGCAUUCCCAAAUCGGAUCUACAAUCACAGUUCCGAAGACAUGUCGAUGUGGCACUAUCACAAGCAGACUUCAUCAACACCAACGAUCUGGCGACUGUAACAGGGGCCGUGAUUUACGUUGCUUCGUCUCGCAUGUCAGAUCUUUCUCGCCGCGCGUGGACCUUGACCGGACUGAUAAUAAGAAUCGCUUACGGCAUUGGCUUGCACCGCGAAAUCCCGACUCACACUCCAUACACGAAGGAGGUCCGACGAAGGAUCUGGCAUACCAUCCUUGUACUAGACACGUUCGCCUCCGUGGACCGCGGCACCCAACCGCUCUGCGAUACAGACUCGACCGUCACCCCUUGCCCAACCCUCUGCAACGACGAAGACUUCGACGAGAAUUCCACCUCCAUACCCACCCGCACGGGAAUCUGCGACAUGACAUUCACCCUCAUGUGCCACUCCGCCGCGAGCCUCACCAUGCGUCUCUCCCUCUCCGAAACCAGUCCCACCGGCGAAACUUGGCAACAACGCCUCGAGCUCGCCCAAAAGCUCAGCAAAGACUUUCAUCAGAACUACUUCCGGUACUGCGAUCCGGCCGAUCCCUUUCACCGCUUCCUCCACGCCGUCGGACGUACCAUGAUUUCCUCUGCCAUUCUUCGCGCCGUGCGUCCCUUACAGAGACACGUCUCCUCCAUCCCACCCCGCGUCGACAGCUCGUUUGUCCUUCAACUCGCAGUGAACGCCAUGCGCGACAGCGAAGCCGUCAAAGACGACCCGGAAGCUGAAGGUUGGCGGUGGAUGGUAUGGGUGCAAUGGCAUGCGUUGGGGGUGAGCUUGGCAGGGUUGUGUUCUAUCCGGGACACCGAGCUGGCGGGUCAGGCGUGGGAGUUGGUAGAGAGGGCGUAUGAGCUGAACGGGGGACAUGUGGCGGAUACGAGGAGUGGGAUGCUGUGGAGGCCGAUUGAGAAGUUGUAUCGGAAAGCG